AUGAAACCACCCGCUUCAACGACUCUUUCGACAGUAGUUAAGGAGCUGAGACGAUUAACCAAGCUGUUACGGGAAAACAAAGCUCAAGCACUUCCUCGACAACGACGGCGACGAUUCCGAGCCCGACAAAACCACCAGCUCCUUCCAUCUCUUCUGCUCGAUCGCCAAGAUGACUCACGAGUCCGUUUACUACAGUCGUCCCAGGACCUACGGCAAGGGAAGCCGCCAGUGGUAAGUAUCUUAAACUUCAACAUCUGCCCAUGGGAGGAGGAAGAUGAGGAAGAGGCGGGGAAAAAGAUGAAUUGGAAAUGGAAAAUAGAUGGUAUUAAAAAGAGAGAUACGGACGGAGAAAGGGAAACGUGGAAUAUUGGACAUGCAGGAUGGAAAACACAUGGGGGGUUAGAGAGUGGUUCGCUGAUUAUUGGAAUUUCUUCGAUGUAG